AUGGGCUUCCUGAGCUUAUUCAACAAAAAGCCUAGCACCGGGAGUCAACCUCAACUCCUUGUCAAAUCGCAACCCUAUGAUAGCGUUACCGCCUCUUCGCCGCCUCAGAGAGGAACCUACCCGGUGGCUGGCAACGGGCCGGACGUAUACGAGACCUUGUCUAAGUCGUCCAAAUUCCGCCUUGCUCACCAGCCCGCCGAGGAAGACGCAGCACCGGCACCGGUAGUACGCCGUGUCAAAGACGAAGAUGUUGGUCGGCCAAGGACAGCGCCGCACGCCGCGCAUCCCAGUUCCGACUCGACAAAGCGGUCAACACGCAGAAGAGACUCGCUGAAGAGUACCUCCGUCUCAUUGCGCAGGCAAAGGGUCGACAUCCCGGUGCCUGUACUAAGUCACUCCCGCAUACAGAUCAAGCCCUCGGGUACUCAUGCGUCAACACUGCGACCUGCCCCGGGUCUUCUCCGAGGACAUCGCCGUGAUCAUUCCUUGCAAAGCGAAAGCAGCAGGACCUUCGUCGAUCUGCUGGAUGCUCAAUCAGAGAUACAGCCUGCAGAUUUCCGGAGUCGAGUCCAGGCUACGGGAGCGAGAGACUACGGAGAGGAUGUCGCAGACCGCAACAUUGGCCAGAACGGGGUGAACCUGGACUCGCUGCCGGUUCGCGACUAUUACGCAUCCUCUGUGCGCAGUCAGCCACUGCAUGACGACGAGAAUCCUCCUCGAGCGCGUGUGCGUCGGGUCUAUGAUGGCCAGACUCCUUACUCGACAAAUGCUAAGCAGGCAGAGCCUGGUUUAAGAACCAAGAGCUUGAAUUCGUCAAAUGCCUUUGUCUUUCCCAAGCGGACAACGUCUCGGGUCCCGCAUCGGAAGAAUGACGAUGAAGCCGCGCUGACGGCCUUCCAUAAAGAGCCAGCACGGGACGAAAAACAGGAUCAUCUCCCAAACGUAGAGACGCGCGUCUCAGAGCUUCCGACCCUUCAGCCGGGCAGAGAGGCGGUUCGAGACCUUUCUAUCGGUGCAUCUACCGGACAGAACACUGCCCUCCGAGCGCCUGGUCGAGAUCGCAGCUACAGUAACCGGACGACAGCUUCAAACGCCGACAGCAUUCCGCCUGUGCCCAAGUUGACGUCCUUGCAUAAGCAACGUGGUGUUGACGGUGAAAGCGGCCAACGCUGUGCAAAAACUGUCACGAACGGCCAGCAUGGGAAACACAAGCUUAAAGAUGCGUCUCGGCAGCAUGGUCUUGGUGUAUCUGAGUCAGAGGACAAGCGGAUAGCGUCGAAGACGGACCUUCGUAAGGCCAUGGCUUCUGUUUCUAAGGCCGGAGACGAGAAUGACGCAGCCUUUGGCCGGCCGGUACCCAGUCAGGCGCAGGAUCCUUGGGAACAGUCCAAUCCCGACGAGGAUGCUGCACCAUAUCCUUGUAUGUGCUCUUCCACGAUCCCCUGCUACCUCGAGAAGUGGGAUUUGACUGACACAGUUCCCCAAACAGAUGUCAAGACGCGUUCCCGCAGCAAUAGUCGCGACGACUACCCGAAGUCGAUGGGAUUUUUGGCACCCCCACCUCAUAGAGGCAAGACAGACGAUAUGGACGGGCAAGUCCCAAUGCGCACGAGUUCACUUCGCCACUGGUCUUUGACCUCAAGCCCGACUGCAUCGAGCAUGGGAUCUAAUCCCUUUCCCCGUCCUCAUUCACGCCACACCCCCAACACCUCGGUAGACCUCAGCAACACCUUGACGUCGAUAUUCUCCUCCAGCAGGAGCUCGUUGCAUAGCAAUUCAGCCGCCUGCUCCUACGGCGGUAAAUUGCAUAGCCCCUAUGUGCCACAGUCCGGCACCUUCAACAUCGACGACUAUGUUUCGGAGGACGAUGAUGUCGACUCGCCACGCAGGACCCGUGGCGAGGCGGAGAAGGAUCUGCUAUUCAGCGAGGCUGGCUAUGGAUUCGGCCUGCCCGGCCUCUCGGACUCGUUCGCACCUCGCUCAACGCUUCAGAAACGGAACCCCCGUAGUCCCAGGGGUAUGAACUCGAUGCCUACCUUCCGUCAGGCCCACGGCACCAGCAGCGCUCUUCGAUCGUCGUCGCAGUACUCGCAGCGCCAGAGGCGGCGCUUCCACUCCGAGCCGGCGUACGACUCGGACGAAGAGGACGACAGCAGCGACGCCGACUCGGACGACUCGGACGACGACAUGUACGCCUCGAUCCCGCUGGCCCCGGGCCAGGACCGCCGCGCGCUGAAGCGCCUCUCGGCCAUCGAGAGCGUGUACGGUCCCAACGGCUACGGCGGCAGCGUGGGCGACGAGGUCAUCGAGGAGGAGAAGCUGGAGAAGAUCGACGUGGCGACGGCGGUGCGCGCGCGCAAGGAGGCCAAGGCCAUGCAGCGCGCCAUGGCCAUGGCCAAGACGAGGAGCCUGGGGGCCCUGGGGACCCCCACGGAUGCGGAUGGAACCAACAAGAGGAAGAGCAGAAAGGCCGUGACUGCCGCGGCUGGUGAAAGCGAUGGGAACCAUGCUGAUGUGGAAUAA